GAGAUUACCACAAUGCCCUUUAAGAGUGGAUCAAAACGGUGCGUAUUGGUCGUCACUCUCUGGUUCAUAAAAUCCUUCCGACCGAAGAUCGAUCUGUAUAUUUCUCCCCCGCCUGAAUUUAUUGUUAUUUCCAUAAGCAAAGUGCCCUCAAACUCCAACGGACCUGCACGAAGUAGCAAAAAGCAAAAUGGCGAACAUGAUCAUCGCCAACACGCCGGCGUCCGAUCUUGCCCUGACCAAUCUCGCCUACUGCUCGCCGGCUGAUCAUCUUGACUUCAGAGUCCCUGGUCCCGGGCUCUCCCUCGCUAAUGUUGCCGGCGUUUUUAUUCUUUCUGUUUCAUAUCCAUUUACUCCUCCUGAAAGCAUAGGUAGUGGCCACAUUGCCCUGAAUGCCAUCCAACGCCGGCAUGCAAAAGUUUCUACUGGUGAAAGCAUAUAUGUAACCAGAUUUAUUCCCCCGGAUAAUUUUAACAUUGCAUUGCUUACGCUGGAGCUAGAAUUUGUGAAGAAAGGAAGCAAGAAUGAGCAGGGGAAGAAACUUCUCGUGUUAGGAACAACCAGUGAAGUGAGCUUCUUAAAAUCAAUUGGCAUUUGUGAUGCUUUCUCUGUCACUUAUCAAGUUCCGAAAUUGGAGACAAAGGACGUAAAGGAGGUGUUAAAGCAAUUGAACGUAUUUGCUGAAGAUGAUAUAGACGCAGCUGCUGAGGCCCUGAAGGAUAUGCCUAUCAAGAAGGUCUACAUGUUGAUUGAGAUGGCGGCUCAAGGAGAGUAUGGUGGAGCUGCAGAGGCAAUCUAUUCUGGUAAAGAAAAGAUUAAGAUUGCUCACUUUUAUGAUUGCCUUCAGAAUAUGGUGCGAUUCUAGUUUGUCACCAUUUUAGCCUUUCCUUCAAUAUGUAUCGUCUUGGGGUUUUCGGUGAAUGCAUCUUAUUUGUCACUCUACUAACCGUCUAGCAAUGCAUGAAAAAUUAUCUACUGCUGUCAAAAGUUUGGAUUUAGGCUUUGUAAAAUUGAUUGUAACCUUUUAGAGUUUGCCACAAACAAAUUGGGUUGGACUAAAGGCUCAUAUUUUGAUAGACCUAUUUGUCAUAUUCUGAACAUGGCAGGCCUUCCCCUCUAUGUUUACAGU